AUGAUCCUGUCCCGGGGAAAGUGUGGUCUUUCCAAAGGUGUCACUCGCUACCUGGUGGGCAUGGCAGCGUCAGAUCUACUGGUGCUUCUCUUCGAUCUGAUACUGAGGCAGAUUCCGAUUGCAUAUCGGGAUUAUUUCACAUUCCUGCGCGCCAUCCGCAUCUGUAAUCUCCACGCCAUCGUUCUUCACACAGCUACCGAUUGCUCAGUCUGGUUCACUGUCACGUUUACCUUUGAUCGAUUUGUGGCCAUUUGUUGCCAGAAGCUGAAAACUAAAUAUUGUACCGAGAGAACGGCGGCUGUGGUUCUAGGGACAGUGAGUGUUUUGAGCUCUUUAAAGAACAUUACAUGGUAUUUCAUGCUCACCGCUGAAUAUUCACUCGCCUAUGCCCGCUGGUUUUGUAUGCCAAGAGUCCAACUUGUGGAAUCACAGGUUUGGGGAGCGAUCGAACUCCUUCAUUACAUCCUUACCCCUGUGGUCCCAUUUAUAUUGGUUCUGUUACUUAAUGCUUUAACCAUCAGGCACGUUUUAGUGGCCAGCAGAGCCCGCAAGAGACUACGGGACACCAGCAAUCGGGAGAAUCCCAGGGACCCAGAGAUGGAGAGUCGCAGGAAAUCCCUCAUAUUACUGCUUGUCAUUUCAGGCAAUUUCAUCCUGUUAUGGGCUCUGUUUACAGUGUUCUAUCUGUGGAACCGACUGCGGGUUUUGAAUUCUGUGCCUACGUUUCCUCCUAGGUCGAUGCAAGAACUUUGUUUCAUGCUGCAGCUCCUGAGUUGCUGCACAAACACUGCCCUUUACGCUGUGACCCAGACUCCGUUUAGGGAACAACUGAAGGAAGUGAUCAGAUAUCCUUUUACCAUGCUUAGAAAAUGCACCAUGUGA